AUGGGCGGCAACUGGGAGUUACUGGACUCAGACGCCUCAACAGUUGACUGCGAUGAAGACGACGAUGAUCUGGAGGCCGUGUAUCCUGCGAAUCCUUCGCGCCCAGCUGCAAAUCGGGGUAUGUCAUAUCAUGUUCCUAUCAAGCAUGAGGUUCAGACCCCACCUAAACGAGCCCCUGUUAAAAACGAAAUCCCCUCCUCGCCCUCCGUGAAAGAAAUCCAGCCACCAGCCCCCGCCAUACAACUCUCCGAUACACACUCCGAAUCCGACGACGAUGAUGAUCCCGACAUCAACGAAGGCGAAAUCGCCUACCAGAAUUUCAAAAACCGCAAGUCUGCCAAACGGAAACGAGCCUCGACAAGCGCACGCAAGUCCAAGUUCCCCAGAGAUGGCACCGGCCAGCAGUCGAGGAGGGAAGAGAAGAAGCCACGGCGCCAUGGUCACAAGGAAUACAAAGAGGACCGGGUGUCGUCGGAAGAUGAUGGCAUGGAGCAUACCCUGCCAGACUACGUACACAAGCGAAAGGCGCAGUUCGACCGGAAGACGGAGCUCCUACAGCAAUCAGGGCUCAAGUUGCCUCCUGACUACGAGGACGUCGACUUCUCUGAUGAUGAGCGGUUAGCGCAUCUAAGGGAACGGCCGGGGUUUACCACGAUGAAGCCAUGUCGGCCGUACGAGGAUAUCACACUUCCGUACUCGCUGGGGCUUAUCCCUGCUCCUAUCGCGCAGUGGUUGAGACAGUACCAGGUGGAUGGGGCUGCUUUUCUGCACGAGCUUUUCAUUUACCAGAAGGGUGGUAUCUUGGGCGAUGAUAUGGGUCUAGGAAAGACAGUGCAGGUCAUCGCCUUCCUGACAGCCGCGUACGGGAAGACAGGCGACGAGCGAGAUGCGAAACGCAUGCGGAAGAUGCGUCGCAGCGGACAGGAGAAAUGGUAUCCUCGAACGCUGAUCGUGUGCCCCGGAACGUUGAUACAGAACUGGAGGUCUGAGCUUAACCGCUGGGGCUGGUGGCAUGUUGAUGCGUAUCAUGGUGAGAAUAAGGAGUUGGCUCUGCAGGCUGCCCGGUCUGGGAGGGUUGAGAUACUCAUUACGACUUAUGGGACUUAUCUGCAGAAUAGGGAUGCUGUUAAUAUGGUUGAUUGGGAUUGUGUGAUUGCGGAUGAGUGCCAUGCUAUCAAGGAGCGUCGGUCUGAGACGACGAAGGCUAUGAAUAUGGUUAACGCUCUUUGCCGGAUUGGGUUGACCGGUACCGCCAUUCAGAAUAAGUACGAGGAAUUAUGGACACUUUUGAACUGGACGAAUCCUGGCAAACUUGGCCCGGUGACCACAUGGACGAAGACGAUUUCGGAGCCUCUGAAAGUAGGCCAGUCGCACGAUGCCACUCUCUACCAGCUCAGCAAGGCCCGCAAAACUGCCAAAAAGCUAGUCGAGAAUCUCCUCCCUCAGUUCUUCCUCCGACGCAUGAAGACAUUGAUUGCGGAUCAACUCCCCAAAAAGAGUGACCGCGUCGUCUUCUGCCCUCUGACAGACACCCAAGCAGAUGCCUACGAGAACAUUCUGACCUGCGAUAUCGUCAGCUAUAUCAAAGACUCCUCCGACUUAUGCGAUUGCGGAUCAAAGAAAAAAGCCGGCUGGUGCUGCCACCAAACCCUUCCCUCAGGCCAACGAUGGCAAAGUUACGUCUUUCCAGCUAUCGCGGUUCUGCAGAAACUCAGCAACCACCUCGCUAUCCUAAUUCCCCAAGGCGCCGACGUAAAAGAGAAGCAAGAUAAAGACAAAGAAAUGCUAGAAAUAGCCGUUCCAGAUCAGUGGGAUAAACUAGUCCGCACGCGAGACUCUAUCGUCAACUACGCGAAUCCUGAAUUCUGCGGGAAAUGGAAGGUCCUGCGCAAACUGUUAAAGUGGUGGCACUCCAACGGGGAUAAAGUACUUGUCUUUUCGCAUAGCGUACGGCUUCUUAAAAUGUUGCAGAUGCUGUUUCAUCAUACUAGCUACAAUGUUAGCUAUCUGGAUGGUUCGAUGAGUUACGAGGACCGGACUAAGGUCGUUGACGAGUUCAAUUCCGAUCCGCAGCAGUUCGUCUUCCUCAUUUCGACGCGGUCUGGCGGAGUCGGGUUGAAUAUCACAUCAGCGAACAAGGUCGUCGUGGUCGAUCCGAACUGGAACCCGUCGCAUGACCUGCAGGCUCAGGACCGGGCUUAUCGUAUUGGUCAGAGUCGAGACGUAGAGGUUUUUCGACUCAUUUCUGCUGGGACGAUCGAGGAGAUCGUCUAUGCGCGACAGAUCUACAAACAGCAGCAGGCUAACAUCGGGUACAACGCCAGCAGCGAACGACGAUAUUUCAGUGGUGUUCAAGAGAAAAAGGACCAAAAGGGCGAGAUCUUCGGCCUGAACAACCUCUUCGAAUACCAAAACAACAACGUCGUCUUACGGGACAUCGUCAACAAAACCAACGUCGCAGAAAGUCGCGCGGGCGUAAGCGUCAUGGGCGUCCAACUAGACGAAGAAGACGAAGAUAAACCCUUCCCCAACCCAACGAAACGAAACUUCGACGACGACGACGACCAAGUCAUGAGCCAACUCGCGGCCGCCAUGAUCCGCGGCGAUACAGACACGCCUCCAGCGAAGAAAGAAGAAGAUAACGACGAGAAACAAUUCAUGAAAACACCUAAAACGAAACACGACCCCAUCGAAGCCAUCCUCACCGGCGCAGGCGUCGAAUACACACACAUGAACAACGAAGUCAUCGGUUCCUCCAAAGUCGAAAAACACAUCUCCCGCCGCGCACAACUAGCCGAAGAAUCCACCGCCAACGCAAACGUGCACGCCUUCCUUUCCAACCUCGACUCCCAGGACAAUACCUUUACCCUCCCAGAUCCAAGCACCACCAACGGCGAUAAUGAUACGAAAGACGGCGACCCCCUCCGCUUCGAGUACCACCCGCCGUCGGAUGUCAUGAAACGGCAGUUCUGCAGUAUGGCGAGGAGGUUUGGGUUUCCGAAUGCGACGGAGUUUGCGUUGGUUGUGGAGAGUAUGACGCAGGCUCAGAGACGGGCUUGUUUGGAGAGGUGGUAUGGGGAGAGGAGGGAGAGGCUUUUGGGGAGGUGA